AUACGCUAGUAACCACGAGGCAGACGAUUGGUGCGUCUGGCGUAUGCUGAGGUCUCUCUUGAUGUAGGAAUCUGGUAUAGUAGACGUUUACGCAGGUGGUGUCUCGCGUUAGAACCCCCCGAGCUGGCUCCCUAGAUGCUUCAGGAGGGGAAGUACCUGUGGUAUCGCGCGAGAAUGGAGUAUAAAAGACUCUUCGAUUCCGCCAUUUUGAGUCACUCUUUCGUCAGCACCUCUCACAAGCAUCCAAGAACUACUUCAUUCAUCCGAACUAUACUCCACUCCGACACCUCUCAAGAUGCAGUUCAUCACCCUCCUCGCAACCGCGCUCUUCGCCGCCGCCGUAUCCGCCUCUCCCGUCGCCAAUGCAGAGGUGAACCCGGACGUCCUAACUAUCAUUGCCAGGGACUUGGCCGCACGCCAGUCGUACUGCACCCCGUGCAAGAAUGGCGGACAGAGCUGCUGCAGCUUGACGGCGUGCUCUGUGUACAGCUGCUAGAGAGAGAGAGAGAGAGAGAGAGAGAGAGAGAGAGAGAGAGGAAGAGAGAGGAGGAUGUUAUUGAGGGAUUGGAAGUCACGAGAACCGGGGGGAUGUUACUUGGGAAGAUGAUCUGGACUGGACGCUCAGAACUCCGCUAGAACAAUGGGCAUGUAACGAAUUCAGUGAUCGAAAUUUUCUUAAACAAUUCCAGCU